AUGUCUGCCGCCUUUCACCGACCACCAGCUGCCACCCAAGCCCCAGCGACUUCGAAAACGAAGCAGCCGUCAGCUGUGCGAACAACGGCAGCCUCGGUGCCAGUGCAACUAGAUCGUUCGGCCAGCGAGAAUAGCAGCAGACCCGAAUCAGACACCAUGGCGCCGACAGUGAAUCGUAAGAAACAAAAGAGGCGACAGAAGCAGGCCGCUAAACUUGCCGCCGAGCAACAAGACCACAGUGCUGACAAUUCGACAAAUCCAUCAGAUCAGAUGCACUAUAGCAACAAAGACCAGUCCGACGCGGACGAUGGGGACGUCUAUGACCAAGAUGAGAUUGACGAUGAAGACGACACACAUGACCAUUCUGGGCCCAUGACCAAUGGAAACGGAACGACAACAACGUCCAAAUCGAAAAAGAAGAAAAAAUCCAAGACUCCAUCCACUUCUCAGAAAUUAGCCGAGGAAAGUUCGACGUCUCUUUCUGCACCCUCUGCGACAGGAGGUCGAUCACAGCCCCAACUACAAUCCAUGCCGAGUAAUCAAACAAUAAAAAAACCCAAGGACCGCAUAUGGAAUACAUCUACUCAAGAGGAACGGGAGAAUAUCAAGAAAUUCUGGCUUGAGCUUGGCGAAGAUGAGCGAAGGGCCCUGGUCAAGGUUGAAAAGGAUGCUGUGCUGAAGAAAAUGAAGGAACAACAAAAGCAUUCGUGUAGCUGCACUGUUUGUGGGCGAAAGCGGACGGCAAUAGAAGAGGAGCUGGAGGUACUGUACGAUGCUUACUAUGAGGAGCUCGAACAAUAUGCCAACACCAACCAGGGCACUUUCGAAAACGGCGCCCCUAUCGUUCCUCCGCCACGACUAUACCAUCGCAACCUCCACGCCCUCAACCGUCAUGCGCAUAGACAUUCGCAUGCACAUCACUCGCACCAUUCGCACUCCCAUUCGCAUUCCCACUCCCACUCGCAUUCGCACAUUCAUGAUCAUCACCACGAUCACCACCAUGAUCAUCACCACGAUCACCACCAUGAUCAUUACCAUGACCAUGACCAUGACCACGAUCACGAUCACGAUCACGACCACGACCACGACCAUGACCAUGAACAUGAUCACCACGAUCAUUACCACGAUCACGAUCACGAUCACGACCACGACCACGACCACGAUCAUGAUCAUGACCAUGACCACGACCACGACCAUGACCAUCAUCACCAUCACCAUCACCAUGGCCGAGUGCAUGAAAUACCAGAAGAUGAAGAUGACUUGGAAGAUGACUACGACGAAGAGGACGAUGAUGAAGAGCCGUACAGCGACGACGAAUUAGAUGACGACAGUCAUGGUGAACGUGCGGAUUUUUUUGCCUUUGGGAAUAGUCUCACCGUAAAAGACGGAAUCUUGACUGUCGCCGAUGACCUUCUCAAGAACGAUGGGAAACAUUUCAUCGACAUGAUGGAACAACUAGCCGAGCGUCGAAUGCAGCGCGAGGAAGACACGCAAUAUGGAAUGGUAGCCGCACAUCAAUCUUACCACGCAGGACAUAAUCAUGGACCCCUGGACGAAGACGAUUACGAUGACGAAGAAGAGGAAGAUUAUGACAGUCAGGAGGAGGAAGACUAUGAGGACGAUGAAAUGGAUACCAUGACCGAGGAACAACGCAUGGAGGAAGGACGGCGAAUGUUUCAAAUAUUUGCCGCACGAAUGUUUGAGCAACGGGUGUUAACAGCGUAUCGGGAAAAAGUCGCUCAGCAACGGCAGGAGUUGCUACUUCAGGAACUGAUGGAGGAGCAAACACUAAACGAACAGCGAUCAGCAAAGAAAGCUCGCGAGGCCCAAAAGAAGAAAGAUAGGAAGAAGCAACAGAAACAAGCUCGGGAGGAAGAGAAAGCUCGAAAGGAAGCUGAGAAAGCUGCCGAAGAAGCUGCAGCUCGUGCUCUCGAAGUAAAGAAGCUAGAGGAACAGAAACGGAAGAAGGAGGAGUUACGGAAAAAGAAAGAGGCCGAGAAAAAAGCCCAAGAGGAGGAGCGUCUACGCAAGGAAGCUGAAAAACAGAAACGCCUUCAGGACGAACGUGAGCGUCAAGCCGAGAUUGAGCGCAAACAAAGAGAGCAGAAGGAAAAGGAACGAAAAAAGCGUGAGGAUGCUAAACGGAAAGAAAAGGAAGAACGGGAAGCAAAAGAGAGGGAAUUGAAAGAUAGAAAGGCCAAAGAGGAACAGGAUCGCAAGCUUCGUGAGGAGCAAGGCACUGGCAAGCAGCGUAGUCAAUCACAAUCCUCAUCGCAGCCUACAGUGGCUGGCCCCAAACGAGCAUCACAGCCUACUGCGGUUGGGUUUGUCCCACCUGUGUUUCCAAGCCCACAAGUUGCGCCCGUUGCCAGUUCCCCUCAUUUUCAAGUCGCGACACCUAUCAUCCACAAAGCUUCAACUCCUGCUCGCCCUCGUCAGCCAUCGCAGCAAGGAUCAUACGCGUCGUCUCCACGAUCUCAAGCCACCAGUGGUCCUGAGCCCCUUUCCUCCAUCUCGCCGCAGAGCUUGCCUUUAUCGCAGCCGUCAAGCACUCCUCUCAGUUCAUCAGGCAAGAUCGGUCUCCCACAACAACCUCUCCUACMCCAUCCACAACCUUCAGCGCCUCUUUCGCCAAUGGGUGGUGCUGGUAGAUCUCAUCCUCCAGGUUAUCCACCCGUCAACGGACUGCCUGCUCAUCCUCCUCCUGGAAUGCCUGGAUUAGCGACGCGACCCAUGGGCAACGAGAACAUGGCAAUGUAUCCUCCCCAUUCUGGGCCUAUCGGUGGGCAGUACAGAGGGUUUCCCGCACCAAAUGGAGUCCUCCUACCGCCAGGAAUCGGUGGUACUCGUCCAAUGCCUAUCCCAAAUCGCGGAUUCCCUCUAGACCCAGGUCACAUAGCGUUCAGCAGCCAGGCACCUGGCUCUGGUGUGAUGUCGACUGUUCAGCUGACUGGAAGACCUAUUGCACACUCUCGUCAAGCCUCUGGAUCGUAUGAUAGACCACCAGUUGAUGGCCAACCCAAGAAUGCGCCGAUUUCUCGCCCGACACCGAUCAAACGGCCUUCGAGUCCUCAGAAAGGAGAUUCAGAUGUCGAUAGCUUGAGUGCUCAGCUGGGUAGUAGCGCAUUGCUUGAUGAUUCGGAUGUGCCAUUCUCUACGCACAUGUCGCAAUCUCUACCGGGAGCUCCAAUCCCAAGCGGAUUUGGACUGUCUCGUGCAAGUUUCGGCGCACCACCGUUUCCGGACCCGUUAAGUCCAGCAAAACACCCUAGCUUUUCUGGACAAGGAAACAGCUCAUGGGCCACCCAUAGUCCGUUUGGCGUGCCGUUCCCAACGUCUUGGAACGUGGCAGCUGGUUCCUCUUGGCCCAAUCGACCUUUCGGCUCUGGCGGUCCUCAUCGUACCCACGCAUCUCGACCUGUGGCAAUUCGUCUUUUGGUCAUCCAGGCAAUCAAGCACCUAAGCUCAACCGCUUCUUCAGAAUUUGCUCCUGGAUUCUACGAAGUCAAUCGUCUUCUCGACCAAGUUGAACAACUGAAGUCUCCCAAUGAUCCAGCCAUUACACUGGAUGAAAUGAUGGACAUCUGUGAUACGGAAGGAAGCUCACAGAACGGAGGCGGAUCAUUCGCCGUUCAAGAAGAUGGAAGUGGAAACCGUUAUGUCAAGUUCGAACCAGACAGCACCAGCCCUCUGUCCAGCCACCGUGGUAGCUUUGUGCCGGGGGACAUUGGAAGCCCCGUUCCUGCAAGCAGCAUGCCAGCGCCUUUUGGGGCACCUGGCGUCCGCCAAUACUCAUCUCCAACGACUUUCUAG